AAUACUAUCGGCAAGCGCGAAGGUUUGCAGUUACUCCUCUCGCAUCUUUUCCUACUCCUCCUCCUUUCUCUCCAUCUAACCAGAAACUCUGAAUUGAAAACUUUCUCCUUCCUCUUUCUUCUUAUUCUUAUCUCCUAAUUUCCUCCCUCUAAAAGCUAUCUUUCCUUUUAUUCUUAUGGUAUCAGAGGUUUUCGUCCUUUUACUUGCUCGAUCGACCGAAUCUCUGCGAAUAAAACCGAUGAACUUAUAAUUAAAGAAAGAGGAUGUGAAACUUCUACUGCUUUCUUCCUUCCAUACUUCUAGUGUUUUCUUCCAAACUAUUCGUGAAUGGUUUUUCUCUAUGUGUUUAAUUAAGAGCGAGCUUUUCUGGUUUUACUGGUCCAUGCUAUAUAUCUAUAUAAGUGUGCAUUGCCUGAAACAAAAUUUUCGUGGAUCAUAAAGUUGAUUUCUUUCGCCGGAGAUGGGGAAGAAAGAAGGUGGUUGGUUCUCAUCAUUGAAGCAUAAAGUGUUCAAGUCAUCUUCCAAUAGUAAGGAAUUGCCAGAGAGAAAGAGAGACAAUGUAGAGAAAUGGCAACAUAAGGUCCCCGAGGUUGUUGCAUUUGAACAUUUCCCUGCGGAAAGUUCUCCAGAAUAUGCUACUAAUGAAGAGAGCAUUGAAUCAAGUCCACUGACUGAAGAUAGAAAUCAUGCCCUUGCAGUUGCAGUGGCAACUGCCGAGGCUGCAGAAGCUGCGGUUGCAGCUGCACAAGCAGCAGCUAAAGUUGUUCGAUUGGCUGGUUAUGGACGUCACUCUAAGGAGGAAAGAGCUGCUACACUUAUACAGUCAUACUACAGGGGCUACCUUGCCAGGCGUGCCUUGCGUGCAUUGAAGGGAUUAGUGAGGCUACAAGCAUUGGUGAGAGGCCAUAAUGUGCGCAAGCAAGCACAGAUGACAAUGAGGUGUAUGCAAGCACUAGUACGUGUGCAGGCAAGAGUUAGAGCUCGUAGACUUCAAUUGGCUCAUGAGAAGCUUGAAAGGAAAGUUGAGGAAGAAGAACAAGAAGAAGGAAGGAGAUCAGUGGAUGAAGGAGUAAAUUAUCCGAAGAGCCCAUUAAAGAGUUAUGGAAUGGAAGCUUGGGAUAACAGACAUCAAAGUUCAGAGAGAAUUAAGGAAAAUGCUUCCAGGAAACAUGAUGCUGCCAUGAAGAGGGAGAGAGCCCUUGCUUAUGCUUAUGCAUAUCAGCAACAACAGCGGCAGCAUCAACAACUCUUGCAAUCCGACCCAAAUGGUAAAGAGAUAGGAUUCUAUGCAAAUGGAAGGGAAAAGGUGCAAUGGGGUUGGAACUGGCUUGAGCGAUGGAUGCAAUCACAACCAUACCAUGCUCGUCAUCUGGAGCCAAAUGAAGCUUCUUAUAUGACACUAAACACAACUACAACCACCACAGAUGACAUGUCUGAGAAAACAGUGGAGAUGGACAUGGUCACUCCACCAGCCACGAGUAACAUCAACAAUAGCCGACUGGACAUUUCUCCGUACCCAUCUAAGCAGCAAAGACAAUCAAGCUUAAACACCCAUGUCCCUAGCUACAUGGCUCCAACCCAGUCUGCCAAGGCCAAGUUGCGUAGUCAGAGCACAAUCAAGGAGCGUAAGCCAUGUGUGCCCCAUUGGAACUCAUCCACAAAGAAUGUUGGUUUAGGUUGUGAUUCCUCAAGUUCAGGCGGAGGAACAGCUGUUUACCAGACUCCAAGGAGCCCAAGCCCCAAUAAUAAUGGGAUGCGCCUCCAGUCUAGACAGAUUGCUGGGUAUAGCCCACAUUCCGACGGUGCUGGCGAGGAUUGGAGGUUGCCUCGCAUUGAUGGCUACGGUUGGAGACAUGAUUUAUAGAUGAUGAGUGUUAAAUGGAACUUUUUCUCAUAUGUUUAUACAAAUAAGUUACUAGCGAUCGACGUUAAUUUGUCAUUCGUGAUGUUAUUAUUUACCAGUCCCCUGAAAGGCUUUGGUAAUUAUAUUUGUUUGGGUGCAAGAACUAACGUCUCUCAUGUUCAUUUGGAUCCUAUAUUGUAUCACUACUAUUUGUCAACCAUUCAAUUCAUACCUUUUUUUUGUCUUUUUU